AUGGAGUUGGGUCUCGAGAAUAUACCCUCCCUUGCAAUCUUAUCCUUCUUUCUCUUCUUGUUCAUGGUGUUAAGCAUAGUUUUGAGAUCAAAAACCAAGCCUUCAAACUCCAAGUUGCCACCAGGACCCCCCAAACUGCCUCUUAUAGGGAACAUGCACCAGCUUGGUGCAAUGCCUCAUCACAGCCUAGCAAAAUUAGCACAGAAAUAUGGGCCUCUUAUGCAUAUGAAACUUGGUGGAAUUUCCACCAUAGUGGUGUCUUCCCCUCAAAUGGCCAAAGAAGUAAUGAAGACACAUGAUAUAAUCUUUGCAAAUAGGCCUCUUAUUGUUGCUGCUGAUGUUAUAACUUAUGGUUCUAAGGGCAUGAGCUUUUCCUCUUAUGGAAGUUAUUGGAGACAGAUGAGAAAGAUUUGCACGUUUGAGCUACUAACUCCAAAGCGUGUUGAGUCAUUUCAAUCAAUUAGGAAAGAGGAGGCAUCAAAUCUUAUUAAAGAGAUUAGUUUGAAUGAAGGGUCACCCAUCAAUCUCAGUAAAACGAUCAAUUCAUUAAGCUGUGGCUUAGCAUCACGAGUAGCCUUAGGAGGCAAAUCUAAAGACCAAGAAGCAUUCAUUGCUGUUAUGAGAGAUGUCAUGAAAGUAAUUGCUGGUUUCUCUAUAGCUGACUUGUAUCCUUCUAUUGAAGUGCUUCAAUUUUUGACAGGAAUAAGAUCCAAAGCUGAGAAGCUCCAUCAAGAAAUAGAUAGGAUCUUUGAGAAAAUUGUCAGAGAUCACAGAGACAUGAGUUCAGAAACAAAGGCAAUGGAUGAAAAAGUAGGUGUUGAUCUAGUUGAUGUCCUCCUAAAGCUUCAGAAGCAGAACAACCUUGAGCAUCCUCUAUCUGACAGCAUUAUCAAAGGAACCAUUUUGGAUAUGUUCGCUGGUGGAAGCGGUACUUCAGCUAAAACCAUAGAAUGGGCAAUAUCAGAACUUGUCAAAAACCCAAGGGUGAUGGAAAGAACACAGGAUGAAAUAAGAAUGGUCUUUAAUGGUAAAGGGCAUGUAGAUGAAGCUAAACUCCAUGAACUGAAAUACUUAAAAAAAUAUGAACCCAUAAAAGAAACCUUGCGUCUACAUAAGCCUUUUCCUUUAUUAAUACCAAGGGAAAGCAGUGAGAGAUGUGAAAUUAAUGGGUAUGAGAUACCAGCUAAGAGUAAAGUCAUUGUUAAUGCUUGGGAAAUUGGGAGGGACCCAAACCACUGGAUUGAAGCAGAGAAGUUUAAUCCAGAAAGAUUCCUUGAUAGUUCAGUUGAUUACAAAGGUUCAGAUUUUCAAUUUAUCCCAUUUGGUGCUGGAAGAAGGAUGUGUCCUGGCAUUACAUUUGGCAUUGCUAAUGUUGAACUCUUACUAGCAAAUUUGCUUUUCCACUUUGAUUGGAAGAUGCCUAAUAGGGAUAAGCCUGAAGAACUUGACAUGACUGAAUCAUUUGGCUUGACUGUUAGAAGGAAACAUGAUUUGUAUUUGGUUCCUAGUAUGUAUCACUCAUCUGCUAAUUAA